AGAGCGGCCGCAGCAGCAGCAGCAGCAGCAGCAUGAGCGGGGUUGGGGCGGCGGCCACCGUCGCUGUCGCUUCUCUUCUGGCCGGGAAGAGCGAGAAACUGGACGAAGCUCAAGCGCUGGCCCGCAGCUGCGCCGGGAGACCCGACUUCCAGCCUUGCGACGGGCUGUCGCUGUGCACCACGCACAGCCACGGGCGCUGCUUCCGCCUGCACUGGUGUUGCCACCUGGGCUGGUGCCACUGUAAAUAUGUUUAUCAGCCUAUGACUCCAGUAGAACAGCUUCCAAGCACUGAAAUACCUAUUCGGCCUCGGGGAACUACAAACACCAUUCAAAUAUCUGUCUCGCUCACGGAACACUUUUUGAAGUUUGCACCUGUCUUCCAGCCACCAUUACCCCCAGACUCCCCACGAUUCUGCACAAUCUCGGACCUCUUUAUUGACAAUUACCGUGUGAAAUGCAUCAAUGGGAAGAUGUGUUAUGUGCAGAGGCAACCUCCUGCUCUCCCCCAUAAAGUGAAGCCUCAGGAGGUCCCCACACGCAACGCCUUAAUUUUGAGAGAGAAUAAUACACCAAAAAUAGAUCACUGCUCUUCCCCUUCCAGCUCUGAGGACUCUGGGAUCAAUGCUGUUGGGGCUCACUAUAUGGAGUCAUGUGAUGAGGACACAGAGGAAGGGGCAGAGCUAAGUUCAGAAGAAGAUUAUAGUCCAGACAGUAGCUGGGAACCGGAUGAGUGUCCCCUCUUAUCACCUUCUCAAUGCGAACUAGAAGUGAUUGAGACCAUAGAAACCACAGUGUGAAAUGCUGAGCUGGGAGCUAGCUAGGCAUACUUAAAACAGUACUGGUUUUCUAGCAUUUAUACUGGCUUUUUCUGAAAGGUCCUGUCCCCUGUGCACUUGAUACACCACAAGAACUAGAGUUGACAGUAUUUAGCCACCUAUGAAUUAGUUGCUUGAUUAAAAUGUGUCACUGAUUUACAUCUUUAGUUACAGACUAUCCUUGACUUCAGUAAGGGACAGAUAAUUUGCAAAGAUCAGGCAAACUUGGAAGCUACUCCUACUAAUUCAAAAUAAAAAUUGGUUUUAGAUUACUCCUUUGGAACAAGGAUUCAGCCUUUCAUGCUCUUGCAAAACACCAAUAGCAGGUUAGCCAUAUGCUUGGUGAGCAGAGCUGAAUUCACAAACAGGCCUUCUUUAAUUCAUUUUUAUUGUUUUAUAUAGGAGAUUGGAGGCCAUUCCUCUCAUUACAAGCUCUGCUGUCAGUGUACUCCUUUCCAAAUAACCUGUACACAUCAUCCUUUUUUGCCAGCUGCAGAGAAACUCAGGGGGUUCCCAAAAUAAGCACAACACACCCUUGAUAACUGGAACCCUGUUUCCAGAACAAGAGAAUGACAAAGAGGCUUGAUUUGAAAUCCUUCAUAGCAAGGGUUGUUACACUGCCAACUGACCUGGUUCCAUUGGUCUUCAAUCUGACCUAUAAUACUUUAAUUGGUUCAUAUGUUAAAACAGAGGGCAAACUGGAUUUAUCUGUAAAGGCAUGGCAUAUAUAAAAGAGCUGCUAACCUGAAAUGGAUCCAUAAUUAUUGCAUAUUCACACAAUUAAACUUUGGUUUAUUUUUGAACCAUUCAUGUUUUUGAACCACACCCCUGAUAAAACAGUGUGUGCCCUUGCCUUCUGCUCAUAGCAAACAGCUGCCAUGAACCUGUGAUGUGCUUUUUAGCAACGCCACCAUAGCUAAUCGGUGGCAUGCUAGCAACUUCUAUGACAAAUACAUCCACACAACCCUUUCUGCUGUGGAUAUGUUCAAUCCAUGUACACCAAAACUCAAAACUAUGUCAAAUAGUGAUGCAUGAAUUGACCAUAAAGUGAUUGAACAUUAGAAACCAGCUCAGUACUGAAAUAAGGCAACUGGGUGUAAUAGUUCUGUUCUAUUUAUUGCUCCAUGAAUUUCUACUUACUCUGAUUUGGUGAUAGUUCAAGAUUUAAGUUUAGUAUUGGGUUCAAAUUAACUGUUUAAAUGGACCAUUCCCAUGCCCAUUAGGUAUAAAUGUAGAUAGCUAAAAGAGAGGUUGCCAUUGUCAUUGUAGCUGCUGGAGCAUUUGGAUUCAAUUAAAGACCACUUGAAAAAGAAGUACCUAAUUGGUCUAACCUUUUCCUUCUCCUGCUGUGUCCCUCCAACUCUCUUUAUUAAUAGUAGCUCAUUAAUAGAUAUAGAACAGAUAAAAGAUGUAUAGCAAUCAGGCAGGCAUUUAAACCCCCUAAUGUAUUUGUGUUUUGACUUCAGUUGUCCAGAAACAGGUUGUCCUAUGGGGAAAAAUGCCCUGCUAAUCAAUUCAAGGAUGGUGGGCAUUUGAGCUUUAAGGCUAGAUGGUGGACUGGGGAAGGGUGGUUGUUUUAUUUUUGAUACUUCACAGUCAGAAAAUUAUAGAACACUUCAGAAGUCAUGUACCAAUGGAUAUGACAAGACCGUCCCAAACUACAAGUUGUGACCACAAGUUUUUUUGUGAGCUUUUUGCUUUGACUCCAUAUGGUACAUCUUAACUGAACAAUUCUCCUGUUACAUUAGGGUACCUCUGACUAAAUAUAGUCUUAUUUUAUAAUACUUUGGUUAAUUCACUAUCCAUAAGUCUUGGUAAGAAUGAAAACAUAUAAAUAUGUACAGUUGUAGCUCUCGGUACUAGAUUAUCUUAUGCUGUGUUGUCGAAUGCUGCUCUUUAAACACUAUUCUGACACAUUACUAAUUUUUAUACAUACACUUUGACAUAGGCACCUUUUAGAAAGCAUUUAGAUUACAAUGUGUGUUAUGAAUUACUAUAUAAACUAAUAUUGUACUUUAAAUUAUAAAAAUAAUACCCUAAGAAAAAAAAUGAAAUAUUUAUUCUGGUGAGUUAUAUGAAAAUGCAUCUCUUGACAAAGAGCUAAGGAACUCCGUUCUGGGCAUCGCAACUGGUAAAUCCUUUCUUAGCAUUUCUGAAGAUUUAGGAUACUCUGCUAUUCUUUAAAGAGAAACACUAAUUCAUUAUAGAAUUUAAUUGUUAUUUUGGGAUUAUUGAAGUUUUUCUUCUCAGGUGCUGUUCUGUUAAGCAUUGUUGUUACGGCUUUUAUAGUGGGAAGACAAAGCAUAAAAUAAGAUUGUAUUACUCUCAACUAUUUUAAAUAGUGGGGGCGGGUAUUACAUUUACCUUGUCUGGCUGUAUUAGUUUGCAAUUGGCUCUCUUGUGGGUGAAAGGAGUCAGGUUUUCCGGUUCUGGCAAUAGCAGAGGAACCAUAGAAGAAAUUGCAAAUUACAUUUGGGGGCAGAAACAGGGCAGCUUCUGAAGGUACACUUUAGUUUCUUUCAUUACACUGAAAAAUUGUGACACACUCUCCUCUCAGCAGGCUAGCAGCCACGAUCUAACCAGGUGUAAGAUUAGACAAAAUAUAUUCUGAACUGAGGAAUGAUCUAGGAAUAAUUCAGUACAGACUUAUAUGGGACACACUUUAUCAAACUGUUAAUUAGCAAUAGCUGCAUACAAUGUUAAUCUCUUAAAUUUGUUGUUUGAAAGUCUUAAGCACAACGGGCAAAAUCCUACGGUGCCUGGCUUCCUAGGAGAUUGCCUGGGUAUAGGCCAUGGCAGGAUUUGGUUAGAUGAUUUAGCACAUAAUGCUGUGUCUCAAAGUACUCUCAAGGGUACCCAACUGUUUCAUGUAAACUUCUCACAAAAUAAUAAAUGUGAAGACUGAUUUUGCACAA